CCCUCAUCUUUGGGUAAACAAACCGUCACGUAUGGAGUGUAAUAUUAAGAAAAGCGUGAGAAGGACUGGCAUUUGGUAUCCCACCAUAGGUGUCCGGGUGAGCUAAAGUAAUCAAAAUCAUAUAACGCUUUCAAUUUUCGCGAAUUUUACCAUCACAUUCACCACGUGGCCAUCAGGAACAAAUGCCACGCCGUAGCCAACUCAAAAUCAUCAUCCAAAAAGUCCACAUUCCCUAUUCAACCAAAAGAAAGAAAAGCAAUCAAUAUUCAAAGCGUUUGAAAGCAGAGGCAGCAGCGAUUCAAAGAAAAUGUCCACGCUCCAAUUCCAUUCCCAACCCCAAUCCCGAUUCGAAUCCGAUAUCCGGUUCGCUUCCUCCACUUCCUGCAGUUUUCGUCCUAGACGGAACUUCACCCUCCCACGUCGGUUUCGCCCUCGCCCUCUAUCUCUCCACUCUCAUUCCUCCACCUCUUUACGGCCACUCCCAAGAGCUUUCUCCAACGAUCCUGCCGUUACCGAAAAGCCUUCCAUUUGUACAGCCGACGAGCUCCACUAUGUGCCUCUACCUAAUUCUGAUUGGCGCCUUGCCCUCUGGCGUUAUCACCCUCCUCCUCAGGCGCCACCUAGAAAUCACCCUCUAUUAUUAUUAUCUGGACUGGGGACUAAUGCCAUUGGGUAUGAUCUUUCUCCUGAGUCUUCAUUUGCAAGAUACAUGUCAGGCCAAGGAUUUGACACAUGGGUUCUUGAGUUUCGUGGUGCUGGGCUGAGUGUGCAGGCAUCAAAUUUGAAAGAACUUAAGCAAUCUGCUGAUGCAGUAUCUGAGCAGAUUGAAGCUAUAGCUAAGAGUGUGGCAAAUGAAGUGUCUCCUCAGAAGCAGCCAACUGAUGUUUCUGGUUACCUAUCCGAUUCUGAGUUUUAUUUUCUUAGAGAAGAUUCAAUAGGGAUUGGAACGGCAUGGGAUGAAGCAAAAUUGGUUGCAGAGUUGACAGAAAUUUUCAUGCGUUUGUCUGAGAGACUUUCUGGCUUUCUUAGUGAAAGUCAAUCAAGACUAAUAUCAACUAAAUUAUUAGAUCAGAUAUCAAAACUUUUGGAAGAUUCUCAGUUAUCUGAACGCUUUGAGGAGGUGAGGAUAAAGCUCGCCAACGUAUUAGAAAAACAACAAAACUCAGUUAUUGCCAGCCAAAUUAGAGAUCUGAGUCAAAGACUUGUAAAUAUUAUUGAGGGAGGCCAACGAUCUGUUUCACCUCAGUUCAUUGAUAUUCAAGAGAGGCUUUCUUCAACAAUAGAAGAUUUUCAGAAACAACUUGACUUGAUUGUUAAGUAUGAUUGGGAUUUUGAUCACUAUUUGGAGGAGGAUGUUCCAGCUGCGAUGGAAUACAUAAGGGCGCAGACAAAACCAAAGGAUGGAAAACUGCUUGCAAUUGGUCACUCAAUGGGAGGCAUAUUGCUUUAUGCAAUGCUAUCACGGUGCGGUUCUGAAGGACGGGAGCCAAGACUUAAGGCUGUUGUAACUAUGGCAUCAGCACUUGAUUACAGAUGUUCAAAGCCACUCAAAGUACUCUUACCUCUUGCAGAUCCUGCCCAAGCACUUAACGUCCCUGCUGUUCCAUUUGGAACAUUACUGGCAGCUGCUUAUCCUCUAGCUUCUCAGCCUCCUUAUGUAUUGGGUUGGCUGAAUGAUCUAAUAUCAGCAGAGGACAUGAUGCAUCCGGAGUUGCUAGAAAAGCUCGUCUUAAAUAAUUUCUGUACCAUACCAACUAAGCUUAUUAUGCAGCUCACAUCAGCAUUCGGAGACAAGGGGUUAUGUGAUAGAAGUGGUAAACUUUCCUACAGGGAUCACCUAAAUAAAAGCAAUGUCCCUGUCCUGGCUAUUGCAGGAGAUCAAGAUCUGAUUUGCCCACCCGAAGCUGUUGAGGAAACUGUCAAGCUUUUUCCGGAGAAUUUGGUAACCUAUAAACUAUUUGGAGAACCUCAUGGCCCCCAUUAUGCACACUAUGAUUUGGUGGGAGGACGAUUGGCUAUGGAGCAAGUUUACCCAUCAUCAGAUUUAUAUCAGCCACAGCUAUUGUUAUGUGAUUGAUCAUUUCCGUGGAGGCAUUGGUAGGGCUUACGUUACUCAGAUUCAGGUUUGAGUUUUGGACAAGGGUAUGUCUCAGGUAUGGAUAUGUAUAAAUUUUUAUUUGGAAAGUCUUCGGAAGGUAAUAUUAUAUAUUCAUGUCCAAAUGUCAAUCUUCAAGAACUGAAUUUUAUACUAAUGCUUGCAAUAGGUCCAUUGUUGAAUUGUUUAUGUAAGAUUAGGGUCAUGGAAAUUGUAAGUUUGCCACAUGUAAACCAUCCAACGGUGCAUAUGUGGUGAUAUUGUUGAAUUUGAUUAGCAUUGUUUUGGAAAA